UAGAGGUGGGACAGCCAUUACACCUAGGUCACCGUCUGAAACAUCCAGCCAUCUCCAGUCACCACAUGAAGCGUCAUAAAAUCCAUAGCUUUCCACCUUCAUUUACCGAAGAAGUCAACUCUUAACUGCAUGCAAUACUGAUCAGCUUGUGACCUGAAACACUGGAGCUGUGAAAGAAAAUCUGGAGAGGAAGUCAGCGAUAAACUGCAUGCAACACUCACCGGUUUGUUACCUAAAACAUUGAAACUGUGAAAGAAAAUUAAGAAUCUAGAGAAAUCGUUAUCGAUUAGCUGCUCAUAAUACUGACCGUUCUGUUACCUGAAACACUGAAGCUGUGAAAGAAUAUUUGGAAUCAAGGGGGGAAUCAGCGAGUAACUGCAUGCAAUAUUGACCAGCCUGUUAGCAAUAACACUGAAGCUGUGAAAGAAAAUCUAUAAUCAAGAGGCCUAGCCAUGACUUCAGGAUCUGUGAACGUGGACUCGAAAGCCGAACUCACCACCCUCCUGGAACAGUGGGAAAGAGAUCAUGGCAGUGGCCAAGACAUGGUCCCUAUUCUCACUAGGAUGUCAGAGUUGAUUGAAAAGGAAACUGAAGAGUAUCGCAAGGGUGAUCCUGAUCCGUUUGAUGAUCGGCAUCCUGGUCGAGCUGAUCCAGAGUGUAUGCUGGGCCAUCUCCUGAGAAUACUUUUCAAGAAUGAUGAUUUCAUGAAUGCACUGGUGAACACAUAUGUGAUGUCAAGCAGGGAUCCCACCUUGAACACUGCUGCCUGUAGACUCCUACUGGAUAUCAUGCCAGGACUGGAAACAGCCGUGGUGUUUCAAGAAAAGGAAGGAAUUGUUGAGAAUCUAUUCAAGUGGGCACGAGAGGCCGAUCAACCACUGAGGACCUAUUCUACUGGGUUGUUGGGAGGUGCUAUGGAAAAUCAAGAUAUAGCUGCCAAUUACAGGGAUGAGAACUCGCAGCUGGUGGCUUUAGUGCUUCGACGGCUUCGGGAGCUGCAGGUGCACGAAAUGACAGUCCGUCAGGAAAAUCGACGUCCCAGUCCUCGCAAAGUUCAGUCGGAACCCUUGUUGCCGCUGGAUGAAGAGGCUGUGGACAUGGACUAUGGCGAGAUGGCAGAGGAGCAGGAUGCGACCCCAGGAGAUGUGGAGCUCUCCUUUAACCUGGAUUCGGCCCAUAAGACCAGUAGCCGAGUGAAUUCGACCACCAAGCCUGAGGAAGGGGCAGUGAAGAAAACAAAGCUGGCCAGACAGAGCGAAAGAGAUGGGUUUCGAAAGGCCAAGCAGAAACUGGGCUUCCCGGUUUCUGAACCAGAUCGCAUGUUGGUCGAGUUGUCUAACAGCAGUUGGUCAGAAAUGUCUCCAUGGGUAAUUGGUACUAACUACACCCUUUAUCCUUUGACUUCUGCUAUAGAGCAGCGACUGAUUCUACAGUACCUGACCCCUCUGGGGGAAUAUCAAGAGUUGCUUCCUAUUUUCAUGCAACUUGGAUCACGGGAACUGAUGAUGUUUUAUAUUGACCUGAAACGUACUCAUGAUGUACUACUCACUUUUGAAGCCCUGAAGCACUUGGCAUCCCUUUUGCUUCACAACAAAUUUGCCACAGAGUUUGUGGCUCAUGGUGGAGUGCAGAAAUUACUGGAAAUUCCCCGUCCUUCUAUGGCUGCAACCGGAGUGUCCAUGUGCUUGUACUAUCUAUCUUACAACCAGGAUGCCAUGGAGAGAGUGUGCAUGCAUCCUCACAAUGUCCUGUCUGAUGUGGUGAAUUACACCUUAUGGCUGAUGGAAUGCUCCCACGCAUCCGGCUGCUGCCAUGCGACCAUGUUUUUCUCCAUCUGUUUCUCGUUCCGGGCAGUCUUGGAACUCUUCGAUCGGCACGAUGGUCUCCGUCGUUUGGUCAACCUGAUCAGUACCUUGGAGAUUCUUAACCUGGAAGAUCAGGGGGCUCUUCUGAGUGAUGAUGAAAUUUUUGCCAGCCGCCAGACUGGAAAACAUACCUGCAUGGCUCUGCGUCGAUACUUUGAAGCUCACCUGGCCAUCAAAUUAGAGCAAGUGAAGCAGUCACUCCAACGGACUGAAGGUGGUGUUCUUGUUCACCCGCAGCCACCAUAUAAGGCAUGUAGUUAUAACCACGAGCAGAUUGUAGAGAUGAUGGAGUUCCUGAUAGAGUAUGGACCAGCACAGCUGUACUGGGAACCAGCUGAGGUGUUCCUUAAACUGUCCUGCGUGCAACUCAUGCUGCAGCUGAUCUCUAUUGCUUGCAACUGGAAGACCUACUAUGCAAGGAAUGAUACAGUGCGUUACGCUUUAGAUGUCCUGGCUAUUCUUACCGUGGUGCCCAAAAUCCAACUGCAACUGGCAGAAUCAGUAGACGUGUUGGAUGAAGCCGGCUCCACUGUCUCUACCGUGGGUAUCAGCAUCAUCUUGGGAGUGGCUGAGGGUGAAUUUUUUAUUCACGAUGCUGAAAUUCAGAAGUCAGCUCUUCAGAUCAUCAUCAACUGUGUGUGCGGCCCAGAUAAUCGAAUCUCCAGCAUUGGGAAAUUCAUCUCCGGCACCCCUCGCCGGAAGCUGCCCCAGCCCCCAAAGUGCAGUGAGCACACGCUGGCCAAGAUGUGGAACGUGGUGCAGUCCAACAACGGCAUCAAGGUUCUCCUGUCUCUGCUGUCGGUGAAGAUGCCCAUCACCGACGCCGACCAGAUCCGGGCGUUGGCCUGCAAGGCCCUGGUGGGGCUCUCCCGCAGUAGCACCGUCCGGCAGAUCAUCAGCAAACUCCCCCUUUUCAGUAGCUGCCAGAUCCAACAGUUGAUGAAAGAGCCCGUGCUGCAGGACAAGCGCAACGACCACGUCAAGUUCUGCAAAUACGCCGCCGAGCUGAUCGAGCGAGUCUCCGGCAAGCCGCUUCUCAUCGGCACCGAUGUCUCCCUGGCCCGGCUCCAGAAGGCUGACGUGGUGGCCCAGUCCAGGAUCUCUUUCCCCGAGAAAGAGCUGCUCCUCUUGAUCCGGAACCACCUCAUCUCCAAAGGACUGGGAGAGACCGCCACGGUGCUCACCCGAGAGGCCGACCUACCCAUGACUACCGCGUCUCACUCUUCGGCGUUCGCCCCCGGGGCGGCCACCGCCUCCCCGGUCUCCCUCCCCCGCACCCCGCGAAUCGCCAACGGCAUUGCGGCCCGACUGAACAGCCAUACUCCCGGAGGCUCCUCGGCCACCUCCGUCCACUCUCAGGCCCGGCCCUCCCAGGGUCCGCUCGCCCUCCCCGGCCCGUCUUACGGUGCCGGGUCGCCUCUGGUUGGCAGGAUCAGCUUCAUCAGGGAAAGGCCAUCGCCCUGCAACGGCAGAAAAACCCGUGUCUUGAGGCAGAAGUCGGACCACGGCGCCUACAGCCAGAGCCCGGCCAUAAAAAAGCAGUUGGAUAGACACCUGCCUUCCCCCCCGACCUUGGACAGCAUCAUUACCGAAUACCUUAGAGAGCAGCAUGCCCGCUGCAAGAACCCCGUUGCCACUUGCCCACCCUUUUCUCUCUUCACUCCUCAUCAGUGUCCUGAGCCCAAACAAAGGCGGCAAGCGCCAACAAACUUUACCUCCCGGCUGACCCGCAGGGCAACCUUUCCAAAGUAUGGAGGGGUUGAUGGCGGAUGCUUUGACAGGCACCUUAUUUUCAGCAGGUUCCGCCCCAUUUCAGUGUUCCGGGAAGCCAAUGAGGAUGAGAGUGGCUUCACCUGCUGUGCUUUUUCAGCACGGGAGAGAUUUCUGAUGCUCGGCACGUGCACGGGUCAAUUGAAGCUAUACAAUGUGUUCAGUGGGCAGGAGGAGGCCAGCUAUAAUUGUCAUAAUUCGGCCAUCACACACCUUGAGCCAUCUAGGGAUGGAUCCUUAUUGUUAACAUCUGCCACUUGGAGCCAGCCUCUCUCUGCCCUCUGGGGAAUGAAGUCAGUGUUUGAUAUGAAGCAUUCCUUCACAGAUGACCACUACGUGGAGUUCAGCAAGCACUCCCAGGAUAGGGUCAUUGGCACAAAGGGAGACAUUGCCCACAUCUAUGAUAUUCAGUCUGGCAACAAGCUGUUGACUUUGUUUAACCCAGAUCUUGCUAACAACUACAAGAGGAAUUGUGCGACCUUUAACCCUACAGAUGAUCUUGUGCUAAAUGAUGGGGUCCUUUGGGAUGUUCGUUCUGCCCAAGCUAUACACAAGUUUGACAAAUUCAACAUGAAUAUCAGUGGUGUAUUCCAUCCCAAUGGGCUGGAGAUCAUAAUUAACACCGAGAUUUGGGACCUUCGGACUUUUCACUUGCUGCACACGGUACCGGCCCUUGAUCAAUGCCGUGUGGUCUUCAACUACACAGGCACCGUGAUGUAUGGGGCUAUGCUGCAGGCAGAUGAUGAAGAUGACUUAAUGGAAGAAAGGAUGAAAAGUCCCUUUGGGUCAUCUUUUAGAACGUUCAACGCAACAGACUACAAACCCAUAGCUACUAUUGAUGUGAAGCGGAAUAUUUUUGACCUGUGCACAGACACCAAGGACUGCUAUUUGGCUGUUAUUGAGAAUCAAGGAAGUAUGGAUUCUCUGAAUAUGGACACAGUUUGCAGACUGUAUGAGGUGGGCAGGCAGCGUUUGGCUGAUGAUGAAGAUGAAGAGGAAGAUCAGGAGGAAGAAGAGCAGGAAGAAGAUGACGACGAAGAUGAUGACGAAUCAGAUGACCUCGAUGAACUUGACACUGACCAAUUGUUGGAAGCCGAACUGGAAGAGGAUGAGAACAACGAAAAUGCAGGAGAGGAGGGUGAAAAUGACUUUUCUCCCUCAGAUGAGGAACUGGCGAACUUAAUCGAAGAGGGGGAUGAAGCGGAAGAUGAAGACUCUGAUGCUGAUGAGGAAGUCCAAUUGAUUCUUGGAGAUACCGACAGCUCAGAUAAUUCCGAUUUGGAAGACGACAUCAUUUUAACCCUGAAUGAAUGACAUGAUGCAGCACUGAAGAAUUUCAGUUCCUUCAAAGGAGAGUAUCGACUUCAAAACAUCCCCCCCUUCCCAAUGUUGUUAGAAACGCCCCUUUUCCAAGCAACUCUCACCCCCAAACUCUGAGGGGAUUGGCUCGUCCAAGGGUCUCACUUGUGUCCACGGUUCUUCAGUAAAGUGACCACACCUCA